AUGGCUGCCCACAGUGCUGCGAUUUCGAUGUCCAAAAUCAUCAGUCCUCUUUGGGGAGGACGCUUCGGGACUGCGGCUAAAGUUUUGGGGACAACAACAGUGACAAGUCAGAGGAACAGGUCAAUCCUCACUGGAGAACAUAUCCCUCCUCCAGCUAAGUAUGGAGGCAGGCACACUGUCACUCUGAUUCCUGGAGAUGGGAUUGGACCAGAGUUACUCAGUCAUGUCAGAGAGGUUUUCCGGUUCAGCUGCAUCCCUGUUGACUUUGAAGUAGUAAACGUGAACUCUGCACUGGAAUCCGAUGAAGACAUGGAUAAUGCUAUCACUGCCAUCAGGCGAAAUGGCGUUGCCCUGAAAGGUAACAUAGAAACCAAACACACAUUGCCACCUUCAGUGAAAUCCAGAAAUAAUGUGCUCCGCACAAGCUUGGAUCUUUAUGCCAACGUGAUGCACUGCCAGUCUCUCCCUGGGGUUCAGACUCGACACAAGAAUAUUGACAUUAUUAUCAUCAGGGAAAACACUGAGGGGGAGUACAGCAAUCUGGAGCAUGAGAGUGUCUCAGGUGUAGUGGAGAGUCUUAAGAUCAUCACCAGAAACAAUUCCCUCAGGGUUGCAGAGUAUGCCUUUAAACUGGCUCGUGAGAAAGGCCGCCGCCGGGUUACUGCAGUGCAUAAAGCGAAUAUAAUGAAGCUUGGUGAUGGUCUAUUUUUGCAAUGCUGCAAAGAAGUGGCCUCAGGCUAUCCAGACCUCACGUUUGACAGCAUGAUUGUGGACAACACUACUAUGCAGCUGGUGUCCAAACCAGAUCAGUUUGACGUGAUGGUGAUGCCUAAUCUGUACGGGAAUGUGGUCAGCAAUGUUUGUGCUGGUCUUGUGGGAGGGCCUGGCCUCGUGCCUGGUGCCAAUUAUGGCCGUGACUAUGCUGUUUUUGAAACUGCCACUAGAAAUACAGGCAAAAGUAUUGCAGGCAGGAACAUUGCUAACCCUACAGCCAUGCUGCUGGCCGGUUGUAUGAUGCUCGACCAUCUGAAGCUGAAUGAUUAUGCUACUCUGCUCCGAAACGCAGUCCUCACCACCAUGAAUGAGACCAGGCUACAUACUCCAGAUAUUGGGGGUCAGGGAACGACAUCUGAUGUGGUCCAUUCCAUUAUGAAGAAUAUUCAGAGUAAAGGACAACUCACUGCUGACUUAUAG